AGCGCGAAGAGCCAAGAGAGGGGGUUAAGAUUGGGAGAGCUGUAGAGCUGUUGCUCCAAGCAGCAGUGCGAGGAGUUGCUCAACUCUCGCUUAGCAGGGCGGUAGGAAGGACAAUGCACUAAGGUCGCUGCCCCACAGCGGUGCCGCUGCUGCGGAUGGUGCUGGGCGCUGAGCUGGGCUCCAGGUUCCAUCAGGCUGUGAAUGAGUUUGACACCAUGACUGCUGAGGAUUCCACUGCAAGGAUGAGCAAUGAUUCCGCUAACGUGGCCACCACAAAAGUCCCCGAAGGUGUCGCCGGUGCCCCCAACGAGGCGGCCCUGCUGGCCCUGAUGGCCCGCACCGGGUACAGCAUGAUCCAGGAGAACGGGCAGCGCAAGUACGGGGGCCCUCCUCCCGGCUGGGACGGGCUGCACCCUCCGCGCGGCUGCGAGGUCUUCGUGGGCAAAAUCCCCCGCGACGUCUACGAGGACGAGCUCGUGCCCGUCUUCGAGUCCGUGGGCCGCAUCUACGAGAUGCGCCUGAUGAUGGACUUCGACGGGAAGAACCGCGGCUACGCCUUCGUCAUGUACACGCAGAAGCACGAGGCGAAGCGCGCCGUCAGGGAGCUGAACAACUACGAGAUCCGCCCCGGCAGGCUGCUGGGCGUGUGCUGCAGCGUGGACAACUGCCGCCUCUUCAUCGGAGGCAUUCCCAAGAUGAAGAAGAGAGAGGAGAUCCUGGAAGAGAUUGCCAAGGUGACAGAAGGCGUGCUGGAUGUCAUCGUGUACGCCAGCGCCGCGGACAAGAUGAAGAACAGAGGCUUUGCCUUUGUGGAGUACGAGAGCCAUCGAGCAGCGGCCAUGGCCAGGAGAAAACUCAUGCCAGGAAGGAUCCAGCUGUGGGGGCAUCAAAUCGCUGUUGACUGGGCAGAACCAGAGAUAGAUGUGGAUGAAGAUGUCAUGGAGACUGUUAAGAUCCUCUAUGUGAGGAAUUUAAUGAUUGAGACCACAGAGGACACCAUUAAAAAGGUGUUUGGUCAGUUUAACCCUGGCUGUGUGGAGAGAGUGAAAAAAAUACGCGAUUACGCCUUUGUGCACUUUACAACCAGGGAAGAUGCCAUUCAUGCCAUGAACAACCUCAAUGGAGUUGAACUGGAAGGCUCGUGCCUGGAGGUUACUUUGGCCAAGCCAGUGGACAAGGAGCAGUACACUCGCUACCAGAAAGCAGCAAAAGGAGGGGCUGCAGCAACCUCCGAAGUAACUCAGCAACCUAACUAUGUUUACUCUUGUGAUCCAUACACACUAGCAUACUAUGGAUAUCCAUACAAUGCCCUGAUCGGGCCCAACAGAGAUUACUUUGUGAAAGCAGGCAGCAUACGAGGCAGAGGGCGAGGUGCAGCUGGCAACAGAGCUCCGGGUCCCAGGGGCUCCUACCUGGGGGGAUACUCUGCUGGCCGUGGAAUCUACAGCAGGUACCAUGAAGGCAAAGGAAAACAGCAAGAGAAAGGAUAUGAGCUGGUUCCCAACUUGGAGCUACCUGCAGUCAACCCAGUGGCCAUUAAGCCUGGGGCAGUGGCCAUCCCUGCCAUUGGUGCCCAGUACUCCAUGUUCCAGGCGGCACCGCCAGCCAAGAUGAUGGAAGAUGGCAAAAUCCACACUGUUGAGCACAUCAUCAACCCUAUAGCUGUCCAGCAGGACCCAGCUAGUGCAGCAGCUGCCGCAGCAGCAGCUGCAGCUGCAGCUGUAAUACCAGCUGUCUCAACACCUCCUCCCUUCCAGGGCCGCCCCAUCACGCCGGUGUACACCAUGGCUCCCAACGUGCCGCGGAUCCCCGCCGCCGGGAUUUACGGGACAAGUUACGUGCCGUUCGCGGCGCCCGCCGCGGCCACGGCCACAAUAGCCACGCUACAGAAGAACGCGGCGGCCGCCGCCGCUGCCUACGGAGGGUACGCCGGCUACAUCCCCCCGGCCUUCCCGGCCGCCGCCAUCCAGGUGCCCAUCCACGACGUCUACCAGACGUACUGACACUGUCGGAGAGCAGGCUGCUGGGGAAACACACACUGAAGGAACACUUUACUAUUUAUGAAGAAAGAGCUGUCUGCGGAAGAGUAAACGUUUGGGCUCGGUAAAACAAUGCGGAAAGUGAAGAAUGUCAUAGAAAAACGUGGUUGAAAUAUUUUCUAUGCUUGAAGUUUUCACUAACUUUUUUAGGCUAUUUUUAAAAUUUUAACAUGCCUGUAUUCAUACAUUUCCAAAGGACCUCGGUGCAUCCAGCCCACCACUGACGUGCUUUUUAUACGCAUUGUAGUGGGGUUGCAUAGGGUCUCUUUUUUUUUUUUUUAGCAGUUAUAUUUUCAAUAUAUUUGUGGUAUGAAGGUUAUUUUUUAGUAAUUUCUGCACUCCAGAGAUGUCUAUUUUGUAGUGCCUUUAAUAAUAUAUCAGCUAUAUAUUAAAAAGCACACCUGAGCAGCUA